AUGCAUAUCCUGGUAGCGAAUGAUGACGGCCCUCCGUCGGACCAGUCGUCCCCUUACAUCCACUCUUUCGUCCACACAUUGCAGUCCGCAGGACACACCGUCUCUGUAGUCCUCCCUCACCAACAGCGGUCAUGGAUAGGUAAAGCCCAUCUGAUCGGUGCCGGCGUCAAACCGACCUACUUCCGCCCCGGAACCCUGCACAAAGACGAUGGCACAACCCACGAGUACCCCCGCGGGGACGACGACCCGGAUGGCGACGAGUGGGUUCUCAUAAACUCGACCCCCGCCAGUUGCGUGCAGAUCGGCCUCUACCACUAUUUUCAGGACCGUGGGCCUGUGGACCUCGUGGUAUCGGGGCCCAACUACGGGCGCAACACUACGACACUUUUCGCCAUGUCGAGCGGUACAAUCGGUGCAGCCAUGGAGGCUGCGGCAUGUGGGAAACGCUCGAUCGCCCUGUCUUACGCCUUCAGCUCGCGCAACCAUGAUCCCGUUAUAAUUGCAGAGGCAUCUCGGCAUUCGGUGCGGGUUAUCGAGCACCUUGCGAAGAACUGGGAUGAGGGCGUUGACCUGUACAGCGUGAAUGUGCCGCUGGAGCCUGGUGUUAGUGAAAGCAAGGUCAUGUACACUGAGAUGCUCGAUAACCGGUGGUUUUCUGGAAGCUGCUUUGAUGCGGUUGAUGCUGAGGUACCGGUGGAGAAUCCUGAUAAGCGAGAACAGACUCUGCGAGACCAGGAGGAGAAGCUGGAGGAGGAUCCCACUGUGAAUGUUAACGCCACGUCUGGAAGGAAGUCGCGGAUUCCUCAUAAGCACUUCGUCUGGGCGCCUAAGUUCACCGACGUCUAUCGAAGCGUCGAGGAGAGUGCCCCUGGAAAUGACGGCUGGACUGUCAAGGAGGGAAUGACAAGUGUUACCCCGCUUAAGGCCAACUUCAUGCAUACGCCUGGUAUCAAGGGAGAGAUCAAGCUAUCGGAUAAUGAUGAGCCCGCCUUUUACUCCAUAGUGGAUUGUGACGACCCCUACGUCCAAGGACUGGUCGAGCAAGCACUCCGAUCGCGUGUGGGGUCCCGCUGCCGGCAGGUAUCAUCUAUAUCAGACCUUCCCUCCCGGUCCACCCCAGUGUUCCAAUACCGCGAAUACGAACGCCUGGAUUUCGAGCACGCCAUGAUGCACUCUACAACGUCCCUGACCAACGCCUACAUCAUCCGCAAAGCCUUGAUCCGAAAACAUUAUCUCGCCAAUACCGUCGCGAAUUGGGUCACGAAACACCCAGAGAGCGUGCUAGCGAAGCACGUCAAGGUCUCCGUGGACUUUGAGCUCGAUUACGCCGAGUUCCUCGACGAUGCUUUACUUGAGGCUUAUGAGCUCCGCGGGAGUCUAGAGAAUAACGAAUCAAAACCGGACUCCGAGAAGGAAUGGUGGAUUCUCAAACCGGGGAUGAGUGAUCGUGGACAGGGCAUCCGGCUGUUCAACAGCGAGGACCAGCUCCGCGAGAUCUUCGAGGAGUGGGAAGUCGAUUCUGAAGACGAAGACGAAGACAAAGAUGAAUCCAAUGACGAGCGCGACGACGAAACCGACAAGGCUGCUGCGAGUGGUGUAGUGACCUCGCAACUCCGCCACUUCAUUGCCCAGCCCUACAUCGACCCGCCUCUCCUUCUGCCCUCGCUCAACAACCGCAAAUUUCACAUACGAACCUACGUCCUUGCCACCGGCUCAUUAAAGGUCUACGUCUUCAAGGAAAUGCUCGCCCUCUUCGCUUCGAAGCCCUACGUCUCCCCAACCUCCUCCACCGAUGACGCCGAAUCCGAAGACCCCGUCGCGGAUCUAACCCGCCACCUAACAAAUACCUGCUUCCAAGAUAAGGCCCUACCAGAGUCUGAAACCGUCCGCCGCUUCUGGGAUCUCCCAUCCAGCCCGCCGCCGAGUGCGAAGCUCCCCAACACCUGGAAGGAAGACGUCUACGAGCAGAUCUGCGCUGUAACAGGCGAGCUCUUUACUGCUGCCGCGCGGGGCAUGAUGAUCCAUUUCCAGACGGUCCCGAAUGCGUUUGAAGUCUUUGGUGUGGACUUCUUGGUCGAUGAAGGUGGCAAUGUGUGGUUGUUGGAGGUCAAUGCGUUCCCGGACUUUGGGCAGACUGGCGAGGAGUUGAGAGAGGUUGUUGUGGGAGGGUUGUUCGGGGGUGUGGUUGAUGUUGCUGUUAAUGGGUUCUUUGGGGAGGGUGGUGAGGUGAAGGAGGAUAAUGGGAUGAGGCUGGUUGCGGAGUUGGAUCUUGGGAGGAAGAAUUGA